AUGUCAUCUGAUGAGAACAAGAAAUGGAUGAAGUGUGACCGUAAGUCUGGUGAAUACAUACAAGGUGUGAGGUCAUUUAUACAGUUUGCCAAGAAUAAUGGUGGUGGGAGGGUUUUAUUUUCAUGUCCUUGUCGAAAUUGUAUGAAUGGUAAAGGUUCAGUUUCAAUUAGUGAGAUAUCAUUGCAUUUUCUCAAAUAUGGUAUUUGUUUGACGUAUACAACAUGGCGUCAUCAUGGUGAAAGUUCAGUAGAAGCAUGGUCAAGACAUAGGGAUAACACUAAAGCAGGUAUGGAUGGGAAUGUUACAGUAGGUGUGGAUGUGGAUGGGAAUGUUACAUCUGCUAUGGAUAUGGAUGUGAAUGUCACAGGAGGAGUUGAUGUGGAUGAGAAUGUUACAACAUGUGUGGAUGUGGAUGAGAAUGUUACAACAAAUGUGGAUGUGGAUGAGAAUGUUGGGACCAAGGGGUGUUGUAAGAAAAAGUUAUCAGCGGCCGAGCGAGCAAGAGUACCAUUGUAUCCUUCGUGUCCUAAAGGAAAGUCGGCGUUGUAUGUAGCGAUAAUGGUGAACAACAUAAUGACUCAAUAUGCAAUUUCAGAUAAUGGUAUGACUGCAAUGUUAGAAUUGAUAAAAGAGUUGCUUCCCGAAGAAAACACCCUGCCAAGUAAGUUUCCAGAUGUCAAGAAGAUAAUUCAAGAGUUGGGGAUGGAUUAUGUAACCUACGAUGCUUGUGUGAAUGAUUGUAUACUAUAUUGGAAGGAUAAGAGUUCAUUGUUGAAGUGCCCUGUAUGUCAAGAACCGCGGUAUGUAAGAGUUUUCAAUGAUGAGAGAAAACUUACUCAAGUUGCGCAGAAGACGUUGAGAAACUUUCCAAUAAUUGCAAGGCUGAAAAGAUUUUAUAGUAUACCAUGGAUAGCAAAGGCGAUGCUUUGGAAUUUUAGAGCACAGAAAGAUAUCAAUGUAAUGCGUCAUCCCGUUGAUUCUUCAGCUUGGCGUUGUGCGGAUAGUUUUUGUCCAGAGUUUGCUAAGGAAGCACGGAAUGUUACUCUUGGCCCGAGAGCACCAGGUAAAGAUAUCGAUGUUUACUUACAACCAUUGAUUGAAGAGUUGAAAGAGUUAUGGAAUGAUGGUGUUAUGACUUUCGACAGCUUUACUGGUUCUGAAUUUCUGAUGAGAGCUAGGUUGUUAUGGGAAAUUCAUGAUUUUCCAGCAUUAGGGACUCUUUCUGGAUGUGUAACUCAUGGGUAUUUUGCUUGUCCAAGUUGUGGAGAAGAAACAUAUGCUGAGUGGCUGCCACAUAGUAAGAAGUUGUGUUAUAUGGGACAUCGAAGAUGGCUGCCAACGAAACACAAGUUUAGAGAUGAUAAAACAAACUUCAGUGGAGGAGUUGAGCAUGGUAAAGCUCCAUGGCCACUAACAAUAUUGCAAGUUCAAGAGAUGGUAGCUAAUUUGAAAAGCAAACAGGGUAAAGGAAAACCACCAUCAAAGAAACGUAAAAGAGGUACUGAAGGGAAUGCUGAUGAAGAAAUUUCCGAUCACUCUUUAUUUUCUCGAAGGUCUAUUCUUUAUGAUUUUCCGUAUUGGGGAGCGAACACAGUUCGUCACUGUACAGAUGUGAUGCAUACCGAGAAGAAUAUAACUGAGCACAUUGUUAAUACUGUAUUGGGAAAUAGCAAGUCAAAAGAUGGUCUUAAUGCACGUAAAGAUAUGGAAGCUAUAGGGAUUAAAAAGCGGUUAUGGUUGAAAGAGGAUGACAACACGGGCAAGACAACAAUGGAAGAUGGGUCUUUUGCCUUAACAAAGGAUGAAAAAGUUGCUUUCUGUACAGUUUUGAAGAAUUUAAGGGUGCAUUCAAAUUUCUGUUCCAAUCUUCGCAACAACGUUGGUAUAAAUCCACCGGAGUUGAAGAAUUUAAAAUCUCAUGAUUACCAUGUUAUGAUGCAGUCUUUGUUUCCACUGCUUGUUCAUACUGCAACUUCAUUUCCUAAAGAUCUGCGAGUUGCUCUUCUCCGGAUUAGUUUAUUUUUCAAUAUCUUAUGUGCGAAGGUUAUUAACAGAGAGCAUCUUUUACAAGCUAAAGCUAGUUUGGUGGAGGCGAUGUGUGUUCUAGAAAAAUACUUUCCUCCAUCCUUCUUUGUCAUUAGUAUCCACUUGAUGAUUCAUCUGGCAGAUGAAGCUUUAAUCUGCGGUCCGGUCAGAUUUAGGUGGAUGUACCCCUUUGAGAGGUUAAUGAAAGGCUUUAAAGGGUUGGUGCGCAAUAAAAGGUACAUUGAGGGAUGCAUUGCGAGAGGGUAUUCGUUGCGAGAAGCUAGCUUAUUUUUUAUGGAUGGCAUGUCAGAUGAUGGUGAUGGUACUCAUAAACAUACUCGACGGGCUUUUUUAGAUGAUGACUAUGAGUUUGCAGAUGAGAUGCCUCUAAAUACUGGAAAGAGUAUGACUUUAACUCAAGUACAAUUUGAACAAUGCCGCAGCUGGAUCCUAUCUAAGUAUUUUGAGAUAGAUGACUGGCGAAGGAAGUAUGAUUCCUAUGUUAGCGGCAACACGUCUAAUGGUCAUCAGACCUCAAAGAGUUUUCAUGUAUGGUUGCGCGACGAGGUAACAUGA